AUGCCUCGUGCUGUCCUCACGGAUGCUGAGGGCACUAGAGCCUUGGAAGCGGCAGGCGCGGACCUCAAGUAUCUGCUGUCCAGGCACGAGGUGAGCAUUGACAACCAGAAGUUAUUCUUCCACCAUGGUGUUACAACACUGGAGAAGCUGUCGAAUUUUGCGAAGGAUCGUGAGGAUCUUACAGCAGUGUUGAAGGAGCAUUGGGAGUUGGACUCUGAGAGGACACUGGAUGAGAGAGUUCAGGUGGCCGCCAUAGUGUGUGCAUUCAGCAAUGCAAAGACGAGGAGCCAGCGAGCGGCAGAAGUCGAUGCCGAGUACGACUCACUCCAGUGGUCACGCCCGGUGGUGGCAGGGGAAUGGGCAGCUAUGCGCUCAGCAUUGGAGAAGCGCUACGGCUACCUGGAGGACAAGAUAUACCCUGCGAAAGAAUAUGUUGAGAAGAAGUUGGCAGAGGUUGAAAGCGGUGAAUACCGUGCCGAGGAGCUCACGGAGAUCGUUCCAAAAGAAGAAAGCGAGCCGGAGACUGUGGUGCCCAUCUGGGACUCCAAGGGCCGAUUGGCCAUGAAGAAAGGCUCGACGAAAGUACAGGAACCGGCGAACGCCGAAGAACUUCGAAAGAGAUUGACAGUUUGGAAGAACGCCAUGGUCAUGAUAUCACUGAAACACUCCAACAGGCAUGAGCUGCAAGGCACAUGGGAGGAGACCGUGGAGCAGUACAAGGACUACCUGUUGGGGGAUUAUGUGUAUGGGCUCUGUGCAAAGGAUGCAGAGGGUUUCUUGAGGAGGCUCGCACCACGAAUGGAUGUCCAAGUGGAGAUCACGGAGUUAGACAUCCAGACCGACCGUCGGUCAGACUUCACUUUACCAGCUGUACAGAAGAAAUGGUUGCAGAUGAUCGCUCAAGGUGUAUUCUUUGCAGUCAUUGUCACACCUCCCUGUUCGACUUUCUCGCGAGCUGUAUGGGCGAAUGAUCUGGGUCCGUAUCCGGUGAGGAGCUCUACGUUCCCGAGAGGUUUUCCUUGGAACAAGGGGGAUAGGUUUCACAAAGCAGAAUUUGGAACUAUUUUGGCAGAUUUUUCCUAUGAGGCCUUGAAGCGCCAAUUUGCUUGCAGUCGACGGGUGGGCUUGAUGGAACAACCAGAAGACUUGGGGCGCACCUCAAAUGAUAGAAUACCUGGACAUCAACCCGCAUCCAUGUGGCAAUUCGUUCAAUUUGAACAACUCCUGGCAAUGCAGGGAGUCAAAACAGUGGUCUUCGCACAGCAGGACUUUGGCACUUCAUCGCCCAAGCCCACAAGGUUUCUGAUGCGGCUAUUUGCACCAUUGCAUCCAGCCAUGCAUGAAGGGCCACCACAGUUUGAUGGCAAUGGUUGGUAUUUGGGACCACUCCCUCGCCUUUCAGGGGGCGCCCCUCUGAUCGGCAAGCAUCAGGGGGUUUUCAAGACGGCCAAGUCUGCAGCUUGGCCUCCGGCACUUUGCCGGUGGACUGCAUGGGCGUUGCUCACCUCCUUUUUGCAAGAGUGGUCUGGGGGGAGUGAGCUUUCGAAGAAGAGAAAGGCGGAGGACGACCUUGGUGCCCAGAAGAAAGCGCAGAAGAAAGGGUCGGAGGAGGCGGUGAGACUUGAGGUGGACCCUAUGGACCCACCGGUGGCGGGGGGAGAAGGCCCUCCGCGCUGUUGCAGGUGGAAAGGGUUGGACGCCCCAUUUCACGAUGGAGGAGGACUGGCUUCACCAGGGAGGUGGCGCUCAGAAAAGAGGAAGAGGCCGGAGGGAGAAGGAUGGUCAUUGCUUGGGCACCAUCUACUGCUGGAGGCGGUCAAGGUGAUGGGCAGUGUGGCUGAGGUCGAGAAGGAGGCUUUCAGGAUGGCGAGAGGAGGAGAGAGCUUUCGCUUGGUACGUGACGAGGCCUUCUUGAGGAAGAUUAGACAGGUGCUGGGGGAGAAGUUGGACAUCCCAGUGCAAUCGGAGCCGGAGGCGGGGCAGCCCUUUUUCCUAGACCUUCUGAAAAGGGUCCUGGAGAGAGCGGGGGAUCCAGAUUGGGAGUUCCUUGAGGAAGCAAAGACGGGGCUGCCCGUGGGAGUGCUAGGCGAUCUACCCCGCACGCCCGAGAUCUUUGAAGAGCAGUUGAGGUGGAAUCUUGAAGGAGAAGACUGGGGUGGAGCAGUCUGGCAGAAGAGCAACUAUGUUUCUGCUGAGGAGCAUGAAAGAUAUCUUGUAGAACACCUCGAGCAGGAAGUGUCUGAAGGCCUGAUGGUGAAGAUGUCAGAGGAAGAGUUCAUUAGGACUUUUGGGCACAAUCGUGCAGUGGCAGCACUCGCAGUGUUGGUGGAGGACGAGUUGACUGGCAAGAGACGGGUCAUCCACGAUGGCACGCACGGCGUCAAGGUGAAUCACCGAAUACGAUGCCGAGACAAAGUGAGGAUGCCGGGUCCGAGGGAGAAGCGUGCCCUCCUUGAGGAGUACGAGGAGGAACACUUGACAGUCCUGUCAUUGGUGGGUGACUUCGCCAAAGCCCACCGCCGAUUCAAGUAUAGGCGGGAGGAGCAGGGCUUUCUGGCUUGCAAGGCAGCUUCGAGAUCGGAGGUGGUCUACGUGAACCAAGUGGGCACCUUUGGGAUAGCUUCAACACCCUAUUGGUGGGCAAGGCUCAGUGCUGCGCUGAUGAGGGCCGUUUACUGGGUGUUAGGUCCGAGCUUUCCGAACGACAUGUUGCUGUACGCUGACGACUUGGAGGUGUUGACAGUGGGGCGUGUUGGGAGGAUUGGCGGAGUCCUGGCUUUUUCCCUCAUGGCCGCCCUGGGAGCGCCCUUCAAGUGGUCAAAGCAGAGGGGAGGUCUCAUCACUGAGUGGAUUGGUUUGACAACCGAUUACAAGCUCUAUGCAAUGGGUAUUUCCCAGAGGAGAUCGGCGUGGAUCGUUGAAUGGGUUGGUUCGUUGAGGGCAAGGAAGGAGGUCACGUACAGAGAGUUUGCUGCUGGCCUGGGGCGAUUGGGCUUCACUGCAUUGGCGUUGCCAUGGGAGAAACCUCUCCUGGGCCCCCUUUAUGCCUGGUCGGCUGCCAUACAGUCGAACAAGGGUGCGAUGACUAUUCCAUGGGCGAUCCAGUUCAUCCUUGACUGGAUUGCGCAGAGGCUGGGAUCAGAUGGCAGGCUGGAGCAAGUGAGGAGGCCCCGGGGCACCGUGAGGGCACCUUUGAGGAUUUGGACGGACGCCAAAGCCACGGAGAGCGAUGCCUGGGUUGGCGGAUGGCUGGAGGAGAGCCCAAACAGCGCUGAAUGCCGGUGGUUUUCCUUGAAGAUCACGGAAGUGAGUGCGCCCUGGCUUUACUUUAGAGGCAGAAAUCCAAAGAGAGUCAUCGCAGCGCUGGAGUUGAUGGCAACCCUCAUCGCUUUGAGGUUGUGGCUGAAGAGGCCAGGAGAGGCGGCCGAAGUAUGUGCGGAAGCUUUUACCGACAACAGGGGGAAUGCUUUCAUCCUGAAGAAGGGGCUGUCAACGAAGUACCCCAUCACGCUUUUGGUGAUUGAGGUGGCAGAGACAUUGAGGAGACUUGAUGCCUUUGCCACUUUGACAUGGGUGAGCAGGGAUGGAAACGUCCUAGCGGAUGCCCUGACCAAUGAGGACUUCAGCGGCUUCGAUCCUCAGAGGAGGGAAGUCAUUGUCGAGGAAGAUUUGCAAUGGUACGUCAUGGGGGACCUCCUCAAGACCAGUGAGAAGCUCUUCAAUGAGAUUAAGGAGCACAAAGAGAGGAAGAAAGUGGCAAAGACGGCCGCAAAGCAGCCACAUGGCUCGACCUUUGAGAUGAUUUUUGAGGACACCUCAACAAAUGAAACCUGUGAUGAUGACCAGCAGGCACAAUUCCCUCCAAGAGACCUAGACGACGACGAAGAUACCACCAUUUUGAUGCAGCUGAGCGGAGACGACGCUGCAACUCCGAAUGAUGGGUCUGGGUUGGAGCAAGGAUUGCUGCGUUCAGCUGGUUUUACGGCGCUGCCUCAAAGGCUGUCCUACCCCUUGGCUGAGCAGAACAUUGAUGUGAGACUUGUCUUUCUGCCAGGGGAUUACUUCCCAAGCAAUGGUCUUGUGCUGGUUGUUGAGGAGCGCUAUGCUCGAACUGUCGCGGAUCACUUGAUGGAGGCGGUUCCACGCAAUCCCUAUGUCCAUGGCUUGACACCUCAACAUACAACUCACAGGAGCAAUGAAGAGGUCCCUGCGGAACAAGAUGACUCUAUGGCACUCAUGCAGCGGCCCGUGAAUGCUGGCCCCCUUCGAGUGCGGAUGGGACAAUUUGCUCGGCAGUGGUCGGGGCGUGACACCAAUUUGAAUACCAUUUCAAGUGAGUUUCAAAGAUACGACAUAGAGGAUCGUCCGGAUCUCCAACCUGUGCAGAGAAAGGAACUCUUUGGAAGCUUUGACCCUGAUCUGAUUUUUGUUGAAGCUCCACCACAUCCACCUUCACUUCCUGAUGAUCCUGUAUGGAAGUACCUGUCACGAAGAGAACUUGGAGUCAAAGUCCGUGCUGUCCAUAUUUGGAUACCUGGGUACCUUCAUGAACCAGUAUGGGUACCGUACAUGAUCCUGGUGGAUGACCGGCCACUGGUUAGUGAAAUCUGGCGGAAGUGCAGAGAUGAUGCUCAUCAAGACUCUGUUGGGCUGACCUUAGAGGCUGUCAAUGACUUUGUUUCAAGAGAUCGGGCUGCGCCAAACUUGCUAGGGGCCACUCGAGACCUGCUUCGUCUGGGAUACAGGGCAUUUUUGGUUGAUCAUAAUUUUGACGCCGUCCCGCAGAAGCAGGCCUGGCUCUUUACGGGUCGGGAGUUGGCGCGUGACGUGAUUACUCGUACUGGCUAUGGAAACAGAUGUUUGAGGCGGCCUUGUUACCUGAUACGCUCCCGCCAUGGGCUCCAUGAAGUUUGGACUUACUAUGACAAGGUUGCUGAACCACACGGGUCAAGCUUCCUCAUCAGCCACACCAGAGAACCUGAAUGCUUUCCAGUGGCGGAGGAUCAAUUUGCCCAGGAACAAAAUGAGGAUCCCCUUUCUGCACUCAUGCUCCUGCAGACUGAGGUGUUGGUUGAUAUUCCAUUUGACACUGAUCAGGUGAGCGUGUAUCAGUUCCUGCAAAGGUCGCAUGUGCUGAUUGAGGAAGAGGAGGCCCACAUUGAAGAUCGGGCACUUGUUACCCUUCAGGAGGAAACUGAAUGGUUCAUCAUGGCUAGACGGGCAAUGAGGCACACUGCCUUUCUGAACUUUCAGGUCUUGGAGCCGGAAAUGAGGGCCCUGCGACUGGAGCAAGGCUAUUUCCCGCCGAUUCUGUUGUUCGGAGCUGACAUCCGUCUUCCGAGAUCAGUUCUCUUCCUCCACCAUGAUUUUGUCCUUGACCGAUUAAAUCUGGUAUGGAAGUUGAGGUGA